AAAAAACUUUUCUGUUGAUAAAUUCCCUAUUCUAUUUUAUACUUGUAGGUUCAUUUUUUACUGCCCAGAGUUGCAGAAAUAAUGAAGAGGUGACACUUAUACGUAAAGCUGAUCUAGAGAACCACAACAAGGAUGGAGGAUUUUGGACAGUGAUUGAUGGGAAAGUGUACGAUAUAAAGGACUUUCAAACCCAGUCUUUAACUGGCAAUAGCAUACUUGCUCAGUUUGCAGGUGAGGACCCAGUUGUGGCUUUGGAAGCCGCUUUGCAGUUUGAGGACACGCGGGAGUCAAUGCAUGCCUUCUGUGUCGGCCAGUACAUGGAGCCUGACCAGGAAGUGAUUACAACACCAGAUCUCAGUACUUUGUCAUCACCUCUAAUAGAUACAGAAAGGAAUUUGGGUCUUCUCCUUGGACUGCACGCUUCCUACCUGGCAAUGAGCACACCACUUUCUCCUCUGGAAGUUGAAUGUGCCAAGUGGUUGAAGUCAUCUAUCUUUUCUGGAGGCUUGCAAACUAGUCAGAUUCAUUACAGUUACAAUGAAGAAAAAGAUGAAGACCAUUGCAGUUCACCUGGUAACACUACUCCAAAUAAAUCAAAACUUUAUACACAUCGAUUAACUUUGAGUGACCAUUCACAACCUUUUCUCCAAGCUAUUGCAGAUAAUAACAUUCAGGAUCACACUGUGAAGGACUUCCUGUGUCAAAUAGAGAGAUACUGUAAACAAUGUCAUUUAACAACACCGAUCACAUUCCCUCCUGAACAUCCCGUGGAAGAAGUAGGACGUUUGUUAUUAUGUUGUCUUCUGAAGCAUGAAGAUUUGGGUCACGUAGCCCUGUCUCUUGUUCAUCCUGGUACGCUGGGAGUUGACCAGGUAAAGCACAAAACCUUACCAAAAUCUGUAGUGGAUGUGUGCCGUGUUGUCUACCAAGCAAAAUGUUCACUGAUCAAGACCCAUCAAGAACAAGGACGUUCUUACAAGGAAGUUUGUGCUCCCGUCAUUGAGCGCUUGAGAUUCUUAUUCAAUGAACUACGUCCUGCAGUUUGCAAUGAUCUCUCUAUAAUGUCUAAAUUUAAACUUCUGAGUUCCUUGCCCCGAUGGCGAAGGGUAGCUCAAAAAAUAAUCAGAGAAAAAAGGAAGAAAAGAGUGCCAAAAAAAUCUGAAUCUGCUGAUGUGGAAGAAUCCAAAAUUGGAAAUGAAGAAAGUGAUUUAGAAGAGUCCUGUGUUGUACCCCACAGUCCUGUACCGAUAGAUAAAAGGCCCAUACCAAUCAAAUCACCCAAGGAUAAGUGGCAGCCACUUUUGACUACAGUUGCAGGUGUUCACAAAUACAAAUGGCUGAAGCAAAAUGUCCAAGGCUUGUAUCCACAGUCUGCCCUCCUUAACACCAUUGUUGAAUUUGCACUUAAAGAAGAGCCAGUAGAUGUAGAAAAAAUGAGAAAGUGUUUAUUAAAACAGUUGGAAAGAGCAGAAGUUCGUCUGGAGGGAAUAGAUACUAUCCUGAAAUUGGCAGCCAAAAAUUUCUUGCUCCCAUCUGUGCAGUAUGCUAUGUUCUGUGGAUGGCAGAGGCUUAUUCCAGAAGGAGCCAAUAUAGGGGAACCUCUUACUGACUGCUUGAAAGACGUUGAUCUGAUCCCACCAUUUAACAGAAUGCUGCUGGAAGUAACUUUUGGGAAGUUGUAUGCGUGGGCUAUCCAGAAUGUCCGGAACAUCUUGCUAGAUGCUAAUGCAAAAUUUAAAGAACUAGGUGUGCAGCCUGUUCCACUACAGACAAUUACUAAUGAGAAUCCAGCAGGACCCAGUCUUGGAACUAUUCCUCAAGCACGUUUCCUGCUGGUUAUGCUCAACAUGUUGACGCUGCAGCACGGGGCUAAUACUUUGAGCCUUCUCCUUAAUUCUGGCAUGCUGGCAUUGACACAAACAACACUGAGGCUGAUAGGACCAAGUUCUGACAACAUAGAAGAAGAGAUGAUUGCCUCUUCUCAUGGAGCUUCUGCCACGGUCCUAGAAGAGUCAAGAAAGGAAACUACACCCGUUCAGCUCCCUGUUUCUGGACCAGAGCUGGCAGCCAUGAUGAAAAUUGGUACCAGAGUGGUGAGAGGAGUAGACUGGAAAUGGGGUGAUCAGGAUGGACCCGCACCAGGUUUGGGUCGUGUAAUUGGAGAACUGGGGGAAGAUGGCUGGAUUAGAGUGCAGUGGGACACAGGAAGUACAAAUUCUUACAGAAUGGGGAAGGAGGGAAAAUAUGAUCUCAAACUAGCUGAGCCACCACCAGCAACACAGCCCACAACAGAGGAAUCGGACACUGAGGAUGAUUCUGAAGGAGAACAAGUUGAAAGGAAUCUCCACCCUACUUCCAUGAUGUUGACAAGUACUGUGAACCUGUUGCAGACACUGUGUCUCUCUGCUGGCGUCCAUGCUGAAGUCAUGCAGAGUGAUGCCACCAGGACUUUGUGUGGUCUGCUCCGUAUGCUUGUGGAGAGUGGAACUAUAGAUAAAUCUGCUUCCUUGCCAAAUAAAUUAGUUUAUAAAGAACAGCAUAGGAGUUGGUGCACGUUGGGAUUCAUUCGAAGUAUAGCUCUCAUGCCUCAGAUGUGCAGCACUCUUAGUACAUCUCAGUGGAUAACUUUGCUAAUGAAAAUUGUUGAGGGGCAUGAAUCUUUCACUGCUGCUUCACUACAGAGACAGAUCCUUGCUGUGCAUUUGUUGAAAGCAGUACUUCCAUCCUGGGAUAAAAACGAAAGAUCAAGAGACAUGAAGUUUCUUGUGGAAAAACUGUUCGGAUUUUUAGGCAGCCUGCUUAGUACUUGUUCUUCAGAUAUCCCACUACUCAGAGAAUCAACUCUGAGAAGGAGAAAGGCCAGGCCCCAAGCAUCUCUAACUGCCACUCACAGUAGUACUUUAGCAGAAGAGAUAGUGGCACUGCUGAGGACACUCCAUUCGCUCAGCCAGUGGAAUGGACUCAUAAACAAGUACAUCAACUCUCAGCUAACCUCCAUCACCCACAUCUUUGCAGGAAAACAGUCAGAAGGGGCUGUGUUGGAUGACUACUUUCCUGACCCUGAGAAUCCCGAGGUGGGAGGCCUCAUGGCAGUGUUAGCCGUGAUUGGUGGCAUAGACAGUCGCUUGAGGCUGGGUGGCCAAGUGGUUCACGACGAGUUUGGAGAAGGCACGGUGACACGCAUCACGCCUAAAGGGAAGAUCACCGUACAGUUCUACGACAUGCGAACGUGUAGAGUGUGCCCUCUCAAUCAGCUAAAACCACUUCCAGUUGUGGCUUUUAAUGUGAACAACUUGCCUUUCACUGAACCUAUGCUAUCCAUUUGGGCUCAACUAGUAAAUCUGGCUGGAAGUAAAAUAGAAAAACAAAGAAUGAAGUCUCCCACUCAGGGUCUUUCAGGUCAAGUGGAUUUGGAUCUGCUGCGAUGCCAGCAAUUAAAGCUGUACAUUCUGAAAGCAGGCCGAGCUUUGCUUUCUCACCAGGAUACAUUAAGGCAGAUCUUAUCUCAGCCAGCUGUUCAGGAGUGUGCAUUAAAUCCUGCAGAGGAUGGAGCGGUUGCCUCUCCUGACAUAGGAGACAUGUCUCCUGAAGGACCUCAGCCUCCCAUGAUUCUUUUACAGCAACUUUUGACAGCUGCUACGCAACCGUCACCUGUGAAAGCAAUAUUUGACAAGCAAGAGCUUGAGGCUGCUGCUUUGGCAGUAUGCCAGUAUUUGGCUGUAGAGUCUACACACCCUUCCACUCCAGUGUUUGAAGACUGCAGCUCCAGUGAGGCUACAACACCCAUCACAGUGCAACAUAUUCGACCCACAAAAGUGAAGAAACGCAAACAGUCUCCAAUUCCACCCCUCCCCAUUGUAGUGCAACUUAUGGAAAUGGGAUUUCCUAGGAAAAAUAUAGAAUUUGCACUAAAAUCUCUGUCUGGAACCUCUGGAAGUGCUUCUGGAUUACCAGGAGUGGAAGCCUUGGUUGGCUGGUUGCUGGAUCACCCCGAUGUCCAAAUUACGGAUCUCUCUGAUGUGGAUACUGUUUCUGAUGAAUAUUCAGAUGAGGAAAUAAUAGAGGAGGUGGAAGAAGCUGAAGCUGCUUGCCCUGUGUCAAGUGGUGCUGUUGUAACAGAAAGCCAGACCUAUAAGAAACGAGCUGAUUUCUUAAGCAAUGAUGACUAUGCUGUGUAUGUGAGGGAGAAUAUUCAGGUGGGGAUGAUGGUUAGGUGCUGCAGAACCUAUGAGGAAGUUUGUGAAGGAGACGUAGGCAAAGUUAUUAAAUUGGAUCGAGAUGGUUUGCAUGACCUGAACGUACAGUGUGACUGGCAACAGAAGGGUGGCACUUACUGGGUCAGAUAUAUCCAUGUUGAGCUUUUAGGAUUCCCACCUCAGAGUUCUGCCUCUCAUAUCAAGAUAGGAGAUAAAGUGCGUGUGAAAAGCUCUGUUACCACACCCAAAUACAAAUGGGGAUCAGUUACUCACCGAAGUGUGGGAGUUGUCAAAGCUUUUAGUGCCAAUGGAAAAGAUGUCAUUGUAGACUUUCCUCAGCAGUCUCAUUGGACUGGCUUGUUGUCAGAAAUGGAACUGGUCCCCAGCAUUCAUCCUGGAGUCACGUGUGAUGGCUGUCAGAUGUUUCCUAUCAAUGGGCCUAGAUUCAAAUGCAGAAACUGUGAUGAUUUUGACUUUUGUGAAACCUGUUUUAAAACCAGGAAGCAUAACACUCGACAUACUUUUGGCAGAAUAAAUGAACCAGGUCAGUCCCCGGUGUUCUGUGGGCGUUCUGGAAAGCAGCUGAAGAGGCGGCAUAGUAGCCAGCGGGGAAUGUUACUGGAUGAUUGGUCAAGAAUAGUUAAGAAUUUGAACGUCUCGUCCUCUGUGAAUCAGGCUUCACGUCUUAUUGAUGGCAGUGAGCAGUGUUGGCAGUCUUCUGGCUCACAAGGAAAGCACUGGAUUCGCUUGGAGAUUUUUCCAGAUGUUCUUGUUCACAGACUAAAGAUGGUAGUGGACCCUGCAGACAGCAGUUACAUGCCCUCUUUAGUUGUAGUUUCAGGAGGGAAUUCCUUAAAUAACCUUAUAGAGCUAAAGACAAUCAAUAUAAAUCCGACAGACACCACAGUGCCUCUUCUCAGUGAUUGUACAGAGUACCACAGGUAUAUUGAGAUUGCAGUCAAGCAGUGCAGAAGCUCUGGGAUUGAUUGCAAAAUACAUGGCCUCAGCAUACUGGGACGUAUACGUGCAGAGGAUGAAGAUUUGGCUGCAGUCCCUUUCCUUGCUUCUGAUAAUGAGGAAGAGGAUGAUGAUAAAGCAAACUCCGGGAGUCUUGUUAGAAAGAAGGCAGCUGGGCUCGAAUCGGCAGCUACAAUAAGAACCAAAGUUUUUGUUUGGGGACUGAAUGACAAAGACCAGCUGGGAGGGCUGAAAGGUUCCAAGAUAAAGGUCCCUUCAUUUUCUGAGACCCUGUCUGCUUUGAAUGUUGUACAAGUAGCUGGAGGAUCCAAAAGCCUUUUUGCAGUGACUGUAGAGGGUAAAGUAUAUGCCUGUGGAGAAGCCACAAAUGGAAGACUGGGUUUAGGAAUAUCUAGUGGAACUGUGCCUAUUCCCCGCCAGAUUACAGCUCUCAGUAACUAUGUGGUAAAGAAGGUGGCUGUUCACUCAGGUGGCCGGCAUGCUAUGGCAUUAACUGUUGAUGGGAAGGUAUUUUCGUGGGGUGAAGGAGAUGAUGGAAAACUUGGUCACUUCAGCCGCAUGAACUGUGAUAAACCCAGACUGAUAGAAGCACUGAAAACCAAACGCAUCCGUGACAUUGCUUGCGGUAGUUCCCACAGUGCUGCCAUUACCUCUAGUGGUGAACUCUAUACGUGGGGUCUUGGAGAAUAUGGGAGGCUAGGACAUGGAGAUAAUACCACACAGCUGAAGCCUAAGAUGGUUAAAGUGCUUCUUGGCCACCGAGUCAUUCAGGUUGCUUGUGGCAGCAGAGAUGCUCAGACUCUUGCUUUGACAGAUGAAGGUUUGGUGUUUUCUUGGGGUGACGGUGAUUUUGGAAAACUGGGCCGAGGAGGAAGUGAAGGUUGCAACAUUCCUCAGAACAUUGAGAGACUGAACGGCCAAGGCGUUUGUCAGAUUGAGUGUGGUGCGCAGUUCUCCCUGGCACUGACCAAGUCAGGAGUGGUGUGGACAUGGGGUAAGGGCGACUACUUCAGGCUAGGCCAUGGCACAGAUGUACAUGUACGAAAGCCACAAGUUGUGGAAGGACUGAGGGGUAAAAAGAUUGUGCACGUGGCUGUAGGUGCACUUCAUUGUCUAGCAGUUACUGACACUGGGCAGGUUUACGCUUGGGGUGACAAUGACCACGGGCAACAAGGCAACGGAACUACUACAGUCAAUAGAAAGCCCACUCUUGUUCAGGGCUUGGAAGGCCAGAAAAUCACUCGAGUUGCUUGUGGGUCUUCUCACAGUGUAGCAUGGACAACAGUGGAUGUAGCUACACCAGCUGUUCAUGAACCAGUACUUUUCCAGACAGCGAGGGACCCUUUAGGUGCCUCUUAUCUUGGUGUCCCUUCAGAUGCAGAUUCUUCUGCUGCCAGUAACAAAAUCAGCGGGGUGAACAGUUCCAAGCCACAUCGCCCUUCCCUUGCAAAGAUCCUCCUCUCACUUGAUGGGAAUCUUGCCAAGCAGCAAGCAUUGUCCCACAUACUGAUGGCAUUACAAAUCAUGUAUGCCAGGGAUGCAGUUGUUGGAGCACUGAUGCCUGCAAGUAUGAUUGCACCAGUAGAAUGUCCCUCUUCAUCGCCAGCCCCACCAUCAGAUGCUACUUCCACAGGAAGCCCUGCAAAUGGAGAUGAAUGCAUGCUUGUAGGAGAUAUAGAGGAGAGGCUGAGCCCAAACCCGUGGCAGGACAGGAGAGGAGAGGUCGUUUCUUCAGAAGAUGCUGUGACACCUUCUGCUGUAACUCCCUCAGCUGCUGCUGCCUCUUCCCGUCCUUUCAUUCCUGUCACAGAUGAUCCUGGAGCUGCCAGUAUCAUUGCAGAAACCAUGACAAAAACCAAAGAAGAUGUAGAAAGUCAAAAUAAAGUGUCUGGCCCAGAACCACAGUACCUGGAUGAGUUUACCAGUCUCUUAGUACCAGAUGACACCCGAGUCAUGGUUGACCUGCUCAAGCUUGCUGUGUCCAACCGAGCAGGUGACAAGGGAAGAGAUGUUCUUUCAGCUGUGCUGUCUGGAAUGGGCACAGCUUACCCACAGGUUGCUGAUAUGUUGUUGGAGCUGUGUGUUACUGAGCUAGAAGAUGUAGCAACUGAUUCACAAAGUGGUCGCCUCUCUUCGCAGCCAGUGGUGGUUGAAAGCAGCCAUCCCUACACUGAUGAUACAUCUUCUAGUGGCACAGUUAAAAUACCAGGUGCUGAGGGACUGAGGGUGGAAUUUGAUCGCCAGUGUUCUACCGAGCGGCGUCAUGAUCCUCUCACCAUAAUGGAUGGUGUCAACAGAAUUGUUUCCGUUCGAUCAGGUCGUGAGUGGUCAGACUGGUCUAGUGAGUUGCGAAUCCCAGGGGAUGAACUGAAGUGGAAGUUCAUCAGUGAUGGCUCUGUGAAUGGAUGGGGAUGGAGAUUCACUGUGUACCCUAUCAUGCCAGCUGCAGGCCCUAAAGACCUCCUCUCAGAUCGUUGCAUUCUUUCAUGUCCCUCAAUGGAUUUGGUUACGUGUUUGCUGGAUUUUCGCCUAAACUUUGCUUCCAACAGGAGUAUCGUUCCUCGCUUGGCAGCUUCUCUUGCAGCUUGUGCUCAGCUGAGUGCCUUAGCUGCUGGCCACAGAAUGUGGGCCCUGCAGAGACUACGGAAGCUGCUCACCACAGAGUUUGGCCAGUCCAUAAACAUCAACCGGAUUCUCGGGGACAACGAUGGAGAAACGCGAGCUUUGAGCUUCACAGGGAGUGCUUUAGCUGCUUUGGUUAAAGGUCUUCCAGAAGCUUUGCAGCGACAGUUUGACUAUGAAGACCCCAUUGUGAGAGGUGGCAAACAGUUGCUCCACAGCCCUUUCUUUAAGGUGCUUGUGGCUCUUGCUUGUGAUCUGGAGUUGGACACCCUCCCCUGCUGUGCAGAGACACACAAAUGGGCCUGGUUCAGGAGAUACUGUAUGGCAUCCAGGGUGGCCGUGGCCCUUGAUAAAAGGACACCACUACCUCGUCUUUUCCUUGAUGAGGUGGCAAAGAAGAUACGAGAAUUAAUGGCAGAUAAUGAGAAUAUGGAUGUUCUUCAUGAGUGCCAUGACGUCUUUAAGAGAGAACAGGAUGAGCAGCUUGUCCAGUGGAUGAAUAGACGACCUGAUGAUUGGACACUUUCAGCUGGAGGCAGUGGAACUAUUUAUGGUUGGGGUCAUAAUCACAGGGGACAACUUGGUGGAAUUGAAGGGGCAAAAGUCAAAGUCCCAACUCCUUGUGAAGCUCUUGCUACCCUUAGACCAGUGCAGUUAAUUGGUGGUGAACAGACUCUGUUUGCAGUGACUGCUGAUGGAAAACUGUAUGCCACUGGAUAUGGAGCAGGUGGUAGACUUGGAAUUGGAGGAACAGAGUCAGUUUCUACUCCAACACUACUGGAAUCCAUUCAACAUGUGUUUAUAAAGAAAGUUGCAGUGAACUCAGGAGGAAAGCACUGUUUGGCAUUGUCUUCUGAGGGAGAAGUUUAUUCUUGGGGUGAAGCAGAAGAUGGUAAACUUGGUCAUGGAAACAGAAG